UCGUCAAAUUGUCAGUUGGACAGUCUACGAUUCCAGAUUUACAGACAACGGAGAAAGAGUAGAGUCGGCGUUGACGCGAGAAAGAGAGGCUAGAGAAAUUGUAUCGGUAGUCGGAGAAUUUGGGGACGAUUUUACUUCUAUUGAGUGGUCAGUGAUGUCCAUUUACCGAAGGAGGCAGCAGGGAAGACCUUCGUGGACCGAAAUUGAAAUUGAUAGCAAAGAUGAUGACGUCGAUGCUGAUAAAACCUCUUCUUCGCUUGCAACCAAAGCCAUAAGAGCGUCUUCUGCUGCUCACAGAGACUCUUCCCUCUCCUCUGCCUACGCUCUGGACACCUCCUCCCCUCCUGCUGCCUCUGCCGCCGCCAAUUAUUCUCAUUCCCGUGUUAAGGAUUCAAACACUAUCUCGAAGCUUAAUGACUAUACCUCACUGAAAUCCUUAAAUGAUCCCAAGCACGGAUUUUGGGGUUCUUUGGCUAGAAAAGCAAAAGCCUUCCUGGAGGAUGAUUAUUCACCACAGCAAUCUCAUUCGUCCGACAGAACAAGACGUCGAACGCUGGAUUCAGCUACAGCAUCCAAGCAACAUAAUCCAAAUCACUCACAUGAAGGCCAGCCAAAAGUAGACUCUCCUACAUUGCAGAAAGGACUGGGUGCAAUAACCUCUUCCCUAAAUUAUAUUGGCACUGCUGUUGAGGAGGGUCUUAGCAAAGUAGAAAAUCGAACUGCCGAAAUCAUUCAAGAUACUCGUAAACACUUGAGGAAAAAGUCUAGCGACUUUGCAGCACAGAAUCAGGGUCAGGCAAUGAAUUGUAGCGGUAUAAGACUACAACCACAGAUGGAAACCAAUCAGGAACUGCAAUUGAAGGCAUCUCGCGAUGUUGCGAUGGCAAUGGCUGCCAAAGCAAAGCUUCUUCUUCGAGAGUUGAAAACUGUCAAGGCAGAUUUAGCUUUUGCUAAAGAGCGAUGUGCUCAGCUGGAGGAAGAAAAUAGAUUUCUUCGUGAGAACCGUCAACAAGGGGACAGCCCAGAAGAUGAUGAUUUGGUGCGGCUACAGCUUGAAACCCUGUUGGCGGAAAAGGCUCGAUUGGCACAUGAGAACUCUAUCUAUGCUCGCGAGAAUCGGUUCCUAAGGGAGGUUGUCGAAUACCACCAGCUAACCAUGCAGGACGUUGUGUACUUAGAUGAGGGCACCGAGGAAGUUACUGAAGUUUAUCCCAUCAAGGUGGUAUCCAAUACGCCUUCCAUCCCCUCUACACUGCUGUCCUCAUCCUCUUCACUGCCUUCUAACGGUUCCCUACACACAAAUCUGCAAAAGACUCGGGACAUAUUGCCAUAUGCCUCUACAUCAUCAGACUUUGCCGAAGGCUCCCAAAGUGCUGCCCCACCCAGUUCAUGAGCCCGUGCUACACCGUUCCGAACACAGCGGGGGAUCCAAAUCCAUGUAUUUGAAAGGCAUUGCCGUAGGGCAUAUAUGAUUUUUUUUUACGAAGGUUUCAGAUUGUUACAAUGUUUAUUCUUGUUGGCUGAUUCGGUAAAUUAUUGGAUCUUCCGUUGUGUAUGUUUA